AUGCCGGCGCUGGGGUGGUGGCUCAUGGCGGUGGGCGCCCUCCGCGUCAGCCUCACCUGCUCCGGCUUCUUCGGCGCCGCCACCUACGCGCAAGCAGAGAUGACCGGCGUGCACGGGCGCACGUUCGGGGUGUGGACGCUGCUGUCCUGCACGCUCUGCUUCCUCUGCGCCUUCAACCUCGGCAACAGGCCGCUCUACGCGGCCACCCUCAUGUCCUUCGUCUACGCCUACGCCCACUUCAUCCUCGAGUACCUCGUCUACCACACCUUCACCGCCGCGAACCUCGGCAGCUUCGCCCUCGUCGCAGUGGAACUCCCACGCUCCCCGUGCUGCUGCCAAGCGGGCCUGUGA